CACCAUCGGAUAUGUUUAACCUGUUCUCCGCAAAGGAUAAACCCACAGCAGGCGGUAGGCCACUUCAGGGCUACAAAAUUACGGACGUCGAACGAAGCCGCAAGUAUGGGGUUGCAGCGGACUCACUUCGCAUGCUCCGGGCAAAGGCGUCCGAAAAAUUCAAGCUUGCGGAAUGCCGCGUGUAUCUUGCCCAGGAUGGUGUGGAGGUGACCGAUGAGGAAUACUUCCGAACGCUUCCAGCUCAGAUUCUGUUCGUUGUGGCGGGCAAGGACACGAUCGUGAAGACUGAUUUUGAGCUGAUGUACAAUGCCAUCAAAUCGGCCCACACGGACCUUCUGCAUGCAGGCGAGCUAGCUCAGCAAUUUGUGAGCAAUAAUCAGCCGGAAAUAUCGAAAAUUCUUGUCAACGCCCAACGGGGUCGGGAUGAGCUGAUUCAACGGAGCGCUCGAACCGAGCACGAAGAAUGGUUUGCUGGCAUUGACGAUCGUGCGAUAAAAACGAAAGAGGAAGUUAUGAAACGACGCGGACAGGACCGGAUCCGUGGCUAUUUUUACAAAACAAAAGACGAACUCACGAAAUGUUCCAUGUACCGUGGUAGUCCGAUGGCACGAGAGUUGAUCGAUGAGAUGCUUGAACUGUUCCGGCAGCUUUUGGUUGGGUUCGAUUAUUUUAGCUGUAUGUUUGACCGUAGCUGCCAGCGUCGGCUCGUACUGCAACAAACGGACAACAAUGCAGACGAACCGGACGCACAACGAAUUCCACCGAAACGUUUAAAGCUGCUGGUGCAGAACUCGCUCGGUCCUAACUGCCAGAUCGAACGGUACAAUGUGGCACUGUGCAGUGAAACCGGCGACUUUCGGUGUAUGGGCGUGUGGAAGGAUGAAGCGUGUCGAUACGAUAGCCAUCGGAUCAAUCCGUACGCUAGCCGGGAAAACUUAAUACUGUUUCAGGUGUGGAAUCUGGAUCAUCAGAUUGAGAUCAGCCGAACGGUACUGCCAUCCAUACUGGACAACGUGGAGCGUAUGGUGUCGCUGGAAGGCGAUGCGAUCUGUAAGUUGCAUCGCCGUAAAGGCAAAACAUUAUCUGUGAUAACAUACUUUUUGGAGCUGUUUACGCUCUGCAAUUUGAAGCUGGUGCACAUCGUGUGCCAUGACAAAACUGUGCACGAGUUGAUCUCGAGCGGGACGAUCAUUUGCGAUCGGUGCGAGGAGUAUAAGUAUAUUAAGCAAUUUCAACGUAAUUUACGUUCCCGGAAGGAUGCAUUGUUGUAA